AUGCUGGCCUCUUUGUUGUGGGCAUUCGCAGGGCUGGUGGCUCUCAGCACAGCUGGUUAUGUGCUGGAAGACGACUACGCCACGGACGAGUUCUUCUCCCUGUUCGACUUCUUCACGGACCAAGACCCGACCAAUGGCUACGUGACUUACGUGGACCAAAGCACGGCACAGAGUGACGGGCUGAUCAGCACCACCAACGGCUCAGUGUACAUGGGGGUCGACCACAGCAAUGUAGCGACGGGGUCGGGGAGAGUCAGCGUCCGACUGACCAGUAAGAAAUCCUACACGCACGCGCUGAUCAUCCUCGACCUCUCGCACAUGCCUGGCGGAGUGUGCGGGACGUGGCCGGCGUUCUGGACGGUAGGACCCAACUGGCCGGACGCCGGGGAGAUCGACAUCAUCGAGGGCGUGAACCUGCAGCUGGGCAACAGCAUGGCCCUGCACACCAAGGCUGGGUGCAGCAUCACCAACAACGGCUUGUUCUCCGGCACGGUGGCGACGCCGAACUGCGACGUCAACGCGCUCGGACAACCCACCAACGCCGGAUGCGCGAUUGUGACGCCGAACAUGGCCAGCUUCGGCAACGGCUUCAACCAGGGCCAAGGCGGCGUCUACGCCACCGAGUGGACCAGCUCCGGCAUCAGCAUCUGGUUCUUCCCGCGCUCUGCCAUUCCCAGCGACAUCGCGGCUGGCUCGCCCGACCCGACGAACUGGGGCAGCGCCACCGCCGCGUUCGGCGGGGCAUGCGACAUCGACGACUUCUUCAGCAGCCACCAGAUCGUCUUCGACACCACCUUCUGCGGCGACUGGGCCGGCAGCGUGUGGAGCGUCGAUCCCGUUUGCGGCUCCAAGGCCCCGACGUGCCAGAGCUUCGUGCAGAACAAUCCCUCCGCUUUCGCAGAUGCCUACUGGUCGGUCAACUCGCUGAAGGUCUAUCAGAGCACGGACGGGGGGAGCGGCAACGGCACCUUCUCGGUGCCUUCGCAAGGCCCGACCGUCUCGGCGUCCGCGGGCGUGCCGAGUGCUUCUGGCUUUCCCGGUGUCAGUGUCAGUCUCGGGGUCAGCGUCAGCGUGCCGUUCCCAACUCCCGCAGCCAGUGACAUCCCCACGACUGGAUUCAGCCGUGGUGGCAACGGUCGAUUCUCAAAGACCUGGGGUCAGGCUGCGAAUUUUGCCGCCGACGUGGCCGAACAGACUCCGACUGCCAGCCCGGCUGUUACGGCUGCUGCUGGUGUCGUUACCGUGUCUUCUGACGGCAGUGUCUUUGAGGCUGACGCCAAUAAUGUGGAUGUGCCCGCUGCCUAUACCGACUACGUGACAGUGACUGCGUUGACAUAUGAAGACUUUUCCAAGAAAGAGAAGAAGAAGCGUGCCGGCGCCGAGGGGUCUUACCUAGAAUCUGGAGCUGUGGAAGAGAAGCGAGCGCCUGGGUCUGGGUCUGGGUCUGGGUCUGGGUCUGGAUCAGAGUCUGGGUUUGCUGUACUGGACGACAUCCAACUCGAACUCGAACUCGAGGCGACCAAGCAGAGCGAGGCUCAUCUGCUGAAACACAAACGCUCUCACGGUCACGUACAUCGACAUCUCUUCAAGAAUGGUCUGGCUGCCGCUGCAAGAGCGAGGCUUAUCGACGAGUGA